AUGCGCCGCUCUUGUCCCGGCCACGCCUACCGGCCGCGGCGAGAGGUGGGUGGGUGGGUGCGGAAGAAAGAAAGAAAGGCCAAAGGGGACCCCAAGGGAGACAAAGCCAAGGUGAAGGGUGAACCGCAGAGAAGAUCCGCAAGGUUUUCUGUUAAACCUGUUCCUCCAAAGCCAGAGCCUGAGCCUAGAAAGACCCCUGGAAAGAAGGGAGAGAGGGCACCCAAGGGGGAAAAGGGAAGAGCUGAUGAUGGCAAGGAUGAGAACAACCCUGAAGAAAAUAGAGAUGCCCAAACAGAGCCGGCACAGAAAGAUGAAGGUGCUGGACAUGUCCAGUGA